GGCCGCGGAGGAGGGGCGGCGGCGGCGGCGGAUCCUGGGAGAGUCCGACGUUCGCCGGCUAACGCAGGACAGACAGGUCGCCGAGGUCCGCCAGGUGUGUCUGCCGUUUGUUUCCUGCCCCUCGCCAGGUUCGGUGUCCGCUGCCGAGGCCCGAGGCCCGCUCUCCGCUGACGCCGCGCCCCUGUCUCGUUUCGGCCCCGCCGGGACAACGCCUGGAGUCGCAGCAGCCGGGUGAUCGCGCCCGUCAUCCUCCGCCAAGGUUUCCAGGCUGCCCUGCUCCGGAGUGAGCUUGAGGUUAGGACCCUUCGGACCCUGUGCACAAAGAGGUGCGAUCCCCAAGGGCGUGCAAGGGAAACAGACCUCAAGAUUAUUUCUUUGACUUCAGUUAGCAGAAUGAAGUUAAAGGAAAUAGAUCGUACAGCUAUGCAGGCAUGGAGCCCUGCCCAGAACCACCCCAUUUACCUGGCCACAGGAACAUCUGCUCAGCAGUUGGAUGCAACGUUUAGUACCAAUGCUUCCCUGGAGAUAUUUGAGUUAGACCUUUCAGACCCAUCCUUGGAUAUGAAGUCUUGUGCUACUUUCUCCUCUGCUCACAGGUACCACAAGUUGAUCUGGGGACCUCAUAAGAUGGAUUCCAAAGGAGAUAUUUCUGGAGUUCUGAUUGCAGGUGGAGAAAAUGGAAACAUUAUUCUUUAUGAUCCUUCUAAAAUCAUAGCUGGAGACAAGGAAGUUGUGAUUGCCCAAAAGGACAAGCAUACUGGGCCAGUGAGAGCCUUGGAUAUAAACAUUUUCCAGACCAAUUUGGUGGCCUCUGGUGCUAAUGAAUCUGAAAUCUACAUUUGGGAUCUAAACAAUUUCGCAACUCCAAUGACACCAGGAGCCAAAACACAGCCACCGGAGGACAUCAGCUGCAUCGCAUGGAACAGGCAAGUUCAGCAUAUUUUAGCAUCAGCCAGUCCCAGUGGCCGGGCAACCGUGUGGGAUCUUAGGAAAAAUGAGCCCAUCAUCAAAGUCAGUGACCACAGUAACAGGAUGCAUUGCUCUGGGCUGGCAUGGCACCCUGAUGUUGCUACGCAGAUGGUCCUGGCCUCUGAGGAUGAUCGGUUACCAGUGAUCCAGAUGUGGGAUCUUCGAUUUGCCUCCUCUCCUCUCCGGGUUCUGGAAAAUCAUGCCAGGGGAAUUUUGGCAAUUGCUUGGAGCAUGGCAGAUCCUGAAUUGUUACUAAGCUGUGGAAAAGAUGCUAAGAUUCUGUGCUCUAACCCUAACACAGGAGAGGUAUUAUAUGAACUCCCCACCAACACACAGUGGUGCUUCGAUAUCCAGUGGUGUCCUCGGAACCCUGCUGUCCUGUCAGCUGCUUCUUUUGAUGGACGAAUCAGUGUUUAUUCUAUCAUGGGAGGGAGCAUGGAUGGGUUAAGGCAGAAACAAGUUGACAAGCUUUCAUCGUCUUUUGGGAAUCUUGAUCCUUUUGGCACAGGACAGCCCCUUCCUCCAUUACAAAUUCCUCAGCAGACUGCUCAGCACAGUAUAGUGCUGCCCCUGAAGAAGCCCCCCAAGUGGAUCCGAAGGCCUGUUGGCGCUUCCUUCUCAUUCGGAGGGAAGCUGGUGACCUUUGAGAACGUGAAAGUGCAGCCUCAGCAGGGAGCUGAGCAGCAGCAGCAGCGGCCGCAGCACGUGUUCAUCAGUCAGGUGGUGACAGAGAAGGACUUCCUCAGCCGCUCAGAGCAGCUGCAGCAGGUCGUACAGUCCCAGGGCUUCAUCAGUUACUGCCAGAGGAAGAUUGAUGCUUCUCAGACAGAGUUUGAGAAAAAUGUGUGGUCCUUCUUGAAGGUGAACUUUGAGGAGGAUUCUCGUGGGAAAUACCUGGAGCUUCUUGGAUACAGAAGAGAAGAUCUGGGGAAGAAGGUUGCUUUGGCCUUGAACAGAGUGGAUGGAUCCGAUGUGGCUCUUAAAGACCCUGACCAAGUAGCACAGAGUGAUGGGGAGGAGAGUCCUGCUGCUGAACAGCAGCUCUUGGGAGAGCAAAUUAAAGAGGAGAAACAGGAGUCUGAUUUUCUGCCCUCAGCUGGAGGGACAUUUAACAUCUCCGUCAGUGGGGAUAUUGAUGGUUUAAUUACUCGGGCUUUGCUGACGGGCAAUUUUGAGAGUGCAGUUGACCUUUGUUUACAUGAUAACCGAAUGGCUGAUGCUAUUAUAUUAGCCAUAGCAGGUGGACAAGAACUCUUGGCUCAAACACAAAAAAAAUACUUUGCAAAAUCUCAAAGCAAAAUUACCAGGCUCAUCACUGCAGUGGUGAUGAAGAACUGGAAGGAGAUUGUUGAGUCCUGUGAUCUUAAAAACUGGAGAGAGGCCUUAGCUGCAGUGUUGACUUAUGCCAAGCCGGACGAAUUCUCAGCCCUGUGUGAUCUUUUGGGAGCCAGGCUCGAAAGUGAAGGGGACAGCCUCCUGCAGACUCAGGCGUGCCUCUGCUAUAUUUGUGCGGGGAAUGUGGAGAAGUUAGUUGCUUGUUGGACCAAAGCUCAAGAUGGCAGCAGCCCCCUGUCUCUGCAGGAUCUGAUUGAGAAAGUUGUCAUCCUCCGAAAAGCUGUACAGCUCACCCAAGCCAUGGACACGAAUACUGUCGGUGCUCUUUUGGCUGAGAAGAUGAGUCAGUAUGCCAGUUUGUUGGCCGCCCAGGGUAGCAUUGCCGCAGCCUUGGCCUUUCUUCCUGACAACACCAACCAGCCAAAUAUUGUGCAGCUUCGUGACAGACUCUGCAGAGCACAAGGGAAGCCCGUGCCAGGACAGGAGUCAUCUAAAAGUCCUUAUGAGAGGCAGCCGCUGGCCAAGGGUAGACCUGGACCAAGUGCUGGCCACCCGCAGAUGCCCAGAGUUCAGACUCAGCAAUAUUAUCCCCAUGUUAGAGUUGCCCCUACUGUCACUACCUGGAGUAACAAAACUCCUACUGCCCUUCCCAGCCAAGCACCUGCAGCCUCUCCCUCUGACACACAGGGAGAAAACCCUCCACCUCCAGGUUUCAUAAUGCAUGGCAAUGUUAAUCCAAACCCUGCUGCUCCACUGCCUACAUCUCCAGGUCAUAUGCACAGCCAGCUACCACCUUAUCCACAGCCACAGCCUUACCAGCCAGCCCAGCAGUAUUCCUUCGGAACAGGGGGGUCAGCAGCUUACCGACUUCAGCAGCCUGCUGCUCCUCCUGCUUCUAACGCUUACCCUAACACCCCGUACAUAUCCCCUGCCGCUUCCUAUUCUGGGCAGCCUCAGAUGUACCCAGCACAGCAAGCCUCCUCACCUACCUCCAACUCUGCUGCUUCUUUCCCCCCUCCCCCUUCCUCUGGAGCAUCCUUCCAGCAUGGCGGACCAGGAGCUCCUCCAUCAUCUUCAGCUUAUGCACUGCCUCCUGGAACAACAGGUACACCGCCUGCUGCCAGUGAGCUGCCUGCGUCCCAAAGAACAGGUCCUCAGAAUGGUUGGAAUGAUCCUCCAGCUUUGAACAGAGUACUGAAGAAGAAGACGCCUGAAAACUUCACGCCUCCUGUUCCCAUUACAUCACCAAUCAUGAACCCUUGUGGUGAUCCCCAGUCCCAGAUGCUGCAGCAGCAGCCUUCAGCUCCAGGGCCGCUGUCAAGUCAGGCCUCCUUCCCACAGCCGCCGCACCUUGCAAGUGGCCAGCCCUUCCAUGGCGUCCAGCAGCCUCUUGGUCAAGCAGGCAUGCCACCAUCUUUCUCAAAGCCCAACAUUGAAGGGGCCCCGGGAGCUCCUAUUGGAAACACCAUCCAGCACGUGCAGGCUCUGCCAACAGAGAAAAUCACCAAGAAACCUAUCCCAGAUGAGCACCUCAUCCUGAAGACCACGUUUGAGGACCUCAUCCAGCGCUGCCUCUCUUCAGCCACGGAUCCUCAAACCAAGAGGAAGCUAGACGAUGCCAGCAAACGCCUGGAGUUUCUGUACGACAAGCUUAGGGAGCAGACGCUUUCCCCGACCAUCAUCAACGGUCUACACAGCAUUGCGAGGAGCAUUGAGACGAGGAACUACUCGGAAGGGUUGACUGUCCACACCCACAUCGUCAGCACCAGCAACUUCAGUGAGACGUCGGCGUUCAUGCCGGUCCUCAAGGUUGUUCUCAGUCAGGCCAGUAAGCUGGGUGUCUGAGAACAGCUGCACUGUCCGCUGACAUCGCCUCCUCUCCAAAGAAAGCCAUGCUAAGACUCGGACCAACCCCUCAGUAGCAUGUUUCCAUGGCAGCCGCCCCAGAGCUUUGACGUGAUUUCUGCAGGUGCACUCACCCUAGAACUGCUUGGAGCCUGGUGCUUUCUUUUGUUUUAAUCUUUUGUUGCCCAUUAUGAUUCUCCUAUUCUGCAAAUAGUGUCUUUCCUGGAUUACACACUGUGUGGUUUCCUAAGGGAUUCUGACAAAGAGUGGUUUUUAAAACUUUGGUGGACUUUUUAGAAAAAUUGCAUCUGGCUAUGUAGAAAAUGGACCCACAACGAAAUUUCUUUGAUGUCUUCCCCACUUUCUCCACGUCAGUCAGAUUAAAGUGUGUAAUCCUA